UACGAACAGGAAGAUUUAUCAACUUGGUGAAUUUUUGGUGUUUUCUACUCCUCGCCGAUAAAUAUUUUAGUUUUCAGCUAAGCAGAAGCAUAUUUUUGAGAGGUGUACGUAUUCCAUAUCACAAAAGCCUCUAUAAUAAGUACUUGCGUGUUAACCAGUGCAUGAGUGUAGAUUGAAAGCUCUUAAAGAAGUAUAUGCCAAGCCCUAUUCGUUCUUAGAUUUCAGUGAGAAGUGUCGCCAGCUCAUUUCUCCGGUUUAAACAGUCGCCAAAAUUGAUUCAGUCGCAAUAUUAACGUCGAGCACCUGCAACGCCAAAGAUAGCGUUUGCAAAAGCUCUAGUGGCGUUAGUUUAGUGCCAAGUAGCAGUGGGGCAGUUGGAAAAGUUCAUUUAGUUCCUGGGCCAGGACUAGUAGCAACAAGUAAAAUGUCGGGCGAUCAGAAAACUAUUUUAAAGGGACACUCAUCACAGUAUGUAAAGCUGAACGUGGGUGGACGAUUGUAUUACACCACAAUCGGAACGUUGACGAAACACGAUACGAUGCUAAGUGCCAUGUUCAGCGGCCGUAUGGAAGUGCUUACUGAUUCCGAGGGCUGGAUUCUAAUCGAUCGCUGUGGCAAUCAUUUUGGUACAAUACUGAACUAUUUGCGCGACGGAUCUGUUCCACUACCAGAAUCCCAUAAGGAAACAUCAGAAUUGCUAGCCGAAGCUAAAUAUUAUUGCAUUACUGAAUUGGCCAUGUCAUGUGAGCGAGCACUGCUGGCACACCAGGAACCAAAACCUAUCUGCCGCAUACCCCUAAUCACAUCGCAAAAAGAGGAGCAACUCCUGAUAAGUUCAUCGUCAAAACCUGCUGUCAUAUUGGUAGUGCAGCGACAAAACAAUAAAUAUUCUUAUACAAGCACAUCAGACGAUAAUUUGCUAAAAAAUAUCGAACUUUUUGACAAAUUGUCUUUACGUUUUAAUGAACGCAUACUAUUCAUUAAAGAUGUCAUUGGACCUAGUGAAAUUUGUUGCUGGUCAUUUUAUGGUCAUGGCAAAAAAGUAGCUGAGGUGUGUUGCACCUCCAUUGUUUACGCCCCAGAUCGCAAGCACACUAAAGUAGAAUUUCCAGAAGCGCGCAUAUAUGAAGAGACACUACAAGUACUUUUGUAUGAAAAUCGUAAUGCACCCGAUCAAGAAUUGCUACAAGCAACAUCAUCAGUACGCGGUGCGGUGGCUGCGCCCGGUAUGCAACAGUACACCAGUGACGAAGAAGAAGAACGCACAAGCUUGGCGCGCUUACGUUCAAACAAACGCAAUAAUCCCACAUGAUUCAUGAAGCAAUAUGUGGGAUGACAACGCGCCGCGCUUCCCUAACUUUGGAGAGAUGUAAGCGGUAGUAGUGUGUAAAUCGCCAAAGAAAGAUAAUGUUGUGAGGAUCGAAAACAUCCCAGCGCUAUUAAAUGGUUAAAGGCAAUGUUAAUGAAGAUUAGGAAAGUGUGAUCACAAUAAGAUUGCAAGUCAAAAACAAAAAAAAAAACUGAUGCUAAAUAUGAUUUGCAUUGCACAUAUUCUUAAAAUAUCCAAAUUAUGUGCUUAUCAUGUUUGGCUUGUUAUAUACAAACAUUUUUUUAUAAGACAAUAUUCCGUCACUUAUCUCACCACAUAAAAACACAUUUAGAAAUGAUGAUGUGCUUCUUAACAGUCGUGCACGCUAUAGUAUUAAAUGCAUACAUAAACAUUCUUUAAUCAGUUUGUAGUUUAUGUUUUUUUUUUUAAUUUCUUAUUUAUGCAGAUGUUUGAUUCCAGUGCAAAAUUGUUAAGUUGCUUGGAUCAAAUGUGAAAUAAAACACUUUGUAGAUUGUAAAGCAUUGCUAUUUACGUGCAAAUAAAUAAAUAUAGAAGCAACAAUGUAACAAAAAAAAAUUAUUAAUUUUUUAAUACAUCGUUAAAUGCAAAAGCGUUAAAGACUAUAAUGCAAUAAAUCAAGUGGUGAUGAAACUGAAAUUAUUUUUCGUGGAAGUGUAAUCACCAUACAUACUUAAUGUACGGGUUGGUUGAGUCGUGCAUGUUUUAUUCAAUAGCAAAAAUUAAAUUAACGAAAA